AUGGAGAACACAGAAUCAAGGGAGUCAAAGAAAGAUUUUGGUCUUGACGACUGUUUGCAGCAGUAUAUUAAGAACUUUGAGAGGGAGAAGAUCAGUGGGGACCAGCUACUCCGCAUUACACAUCAGGAACUGGAAGAUCUGGGAGUCAGCCGCAUUGGGCAUCAGGAACUGAUCUUGGAAGCAGUUGACCUUCUGUGCGCUCUGAAUUAUGGCUUGGAGACAGAAAAUCUAAAAACUCUAUCUCAUAAGCUGAAUGCAUCUGCCAAAAAUCUACAGAACUUUAUAACAGGAAGGAGAAGGAGUGGCCACUAUGACGGGAGAACCAGUCGAAAACUGCCAAAUGACUUUCUCACAUCGGUUGUGGAUCUGAUUGGAGCAGCCAAGAGUCUGCUUGCCUGGUUGGACAGGUCACCAUUUGCUGCUGUGACAGACUAUUCAGUUACAAGGAAUAAUGUUAUACAGCUCUGCUUAGAAUUAACAACAAUCGUGCAACAGGACUGCACUGUAUAUGAAACAGAGAAUAAAAUUCUUCAUGUGUGUAAAACUCUUUCUGGAGUCUGUGACCACAUCAUAUCCUUGUCAUCAGAUCCUCUGGUUUCACAGUCUGCUCACCUGGAAGUUAUUCAGCUGGCAAAUAUCAAACCAAGUGAAGGGCUGGGUAUGUAUAUUAAAUCGACCUAUGAUGGCCUCCAUGUAAUUACUGGAACCACAGAAAAUUCACCUGCAGAUCGGUGCAAGAAAAUUCAUGCUGGCGAUGAAGUGAUUCAAGUUAAUCAUCAGACUGUGGUGGGGUGGCAGUUGAAAAAUUUGGUGAAUGCACUACGAGAGGACCCGAGUGGUGUUAUCUUAACUUUGAAAAAGCGACCUCAGAGCAUGCUUACCUCAGCACCAGCUUUACUGAAAAAUAUGAGAUGGAAGCCCCUUGCUCUGCAGCCUCUUAUACCUAGAAGUCCCACAAGCAGCGUUGCCACGCCUUCCAGCACCAUCAGUACCCCCACCAAAAGAGACAGUUCUGCCCUGCAGGAUCUCUACAUUCCUCCUCCGCCUGCAGAACCAUAUAUUCCCAGAGAUGAAAAAGGAAACCUUCCUUGUGAAGACCUCAGAGGACAUAUGGUGGGCAAGCCAGUGCAUAAGGGAUCUGAAUCACCAAAUUCAUUUCUGGAUCAGGAAUAUCGAAAGAGGUUUAACAUUGUUGAAGAAGAUACUGUCUUAUAUUGCUAUGAAUAUGAAAAAGGAAGAUCAAGUAGUCAAGGAAGGCGUGAAAGCACACCAACUUAUGGCAAGCUACGACCUAUAUCUAUGCCAGUGGAAUAUAAUUGGGUGGGGGACUAUGAAGAUCCAAAUAAGAUGAAGAGAGAUAGUAGAAGAGAAAACUCUCUACUUCGAUAUAUGAGUAAUGAAAAAAUUGCUCAAGAAGAGUACAUGUUUCAGAGAAACAGCAAAAAAGACACAGGGAAGAAGUCAAAAAAGAAGGGUGACAAGAGUAAUAGCCCAACUCACUAUUCCUUGCUGCCUAGUCUGCAAAUGGAUGCAUUAAGACAAGAGAUCAUGGGCACACCUGUGCCGGAGACCACACUAUACCAUACAUUUCAACAGUCUUCUCUGCAGCACAAAUCGAAGAAGAAGAAUAAAGGUCCCAUAGCAGGCAAGAGCAAAAGACGAAUUUCUUGCAAGGAUCUUGGCCGUGGUGACUGUGAGGGCUGGCUUUGGAAAAAGAAAGAUGCAAAGAGUUAUUUUUCACAGAAAUGGAAGAAAUAUUGGUUUGUUCUAAAGGAUGCAUCCCUAUACUGGUAUAUCAAUGAAGAGGAUGAAAAAGCAGAAGGAUUCAUCAGUCUGCCUGAAUUUAAAAUUGAUAGAGCCAGUGAAUGCCGCAAGAAGUAUGCAUUCAAAGCCUGUCAUCCUAAAAUCAAAAGCUUUUAUUUUGCUGCUGAACAUCUUGAUGACAUGAACAGAUGGCUUAACAGAAUCAACAUGCUGACUGCAGGAUAUGCAGAAAGAGAGAGGAUUAAGCAAGAACAAGAUUACUGGAGUGAGAGUGACAAGGAAGAAGCAGAUACUCCAUCAACACCAAAACAAGACAGCCCUCCACCUCCCUAUGAUACAUACCCACGGCCACCUUCUAUGAGUUGCGCCAGUCCCUAUGUGGAAGCAAAACAUAGCCGGCUUUCCUCCACAGAGACCUCUCAGUCUCAGUCUUCCCAUGAAGAGUUUCGCCAGGAAGUAACUGGGAGCUGUGCCAUGUCCCCCAUUCGCAAGACAGCCAGUCAGCGCCGCUCCUGGCAGGAUUUAAUUGAGACGCCACUGACAAGUUCGGGCUUACACUAUCUUCAGACUCUGCCCUUGGAGGAUUCAGUCUUCUCUGACUCCGUGGCCAUCUCCCCUGAGCACAGGCGGCAGUCCACCCUUCCCACUCAGAAAUGCCACCUUCAGGAUCACUACGGGCCGUACCCCUUAGCCGAGAGCGAGAGGAUGCAAGUGCUCAAUGGCAAUGGGGGCAAGCCUCGAAGCUUCACUCUGCCAAGAGAUAGCGGGUUCAACCACUGCUGCCUGAAUGCGCCAGUUAGUGCCUGUGACCCGCAGGAUGACGUGCCACCCCCAGAAGUGGAGGAAGAGGAGGAGGAGGAGGAGGAGGAGGAGGAAGGGGAGGCAACAGGAGAAAACAUAGGAGAAAAAAGCUAAUACACUGCGAGAGUUGGUAGAACCUCUCCAUGCCAAAUCGGAUCCACUUCUGUUGGCACUCAACCCAUUGGACUCACAGAUUGAUAAGCUAAUGUUUAGAGAAUUUAGAUCGGAGAGAGUCGGCACGGCGCAGACUCAACAUCAACCUCUUGCAAGCAACUAAAAUGGCCUCGUCCUUGCUGUUUAUAACAGAAAACAGACUUGUAAAAAGCUUAGAUCAUCAAGUGUUUUGGAUUGGGGGCCUCCCUAAAGGGAUGUUAAGAGGGGGCAGGCCACUCUUAAGAAGAAUUCGAGCUUUCUACAGUGGGACUAGCAUAAGAUCAAAGCCAAUCAAGAUGGAGCACAGUAACAGAAAACUGCCUUUUCUGUGGGAGAACAGAAGGGGAAAGGGUCUUGACUGGGGAAGGGCUCUGUGAUGAUACCUCAGUUGUAUUGUCCUGAUACCAGGAACAUAGAGUGAUCAGCUCUGUUCACUAAAAAAUCCUGGCUGUUUAUGGACUCUUCGAAGGCCUCUUGAAGGCAAAGCAGAGGAAGCAAAUUCUGUAUUAAGUGUAUUUUGCAUUUUUAAAACUUGACGUGCUGUAUUGUACUAAAUUAAGUGUAAUCUAUUAAGGCAAGGUAUACACAACCUGCCCUGAAAUUUAAUAUGUUUAAUCUACUAUAAAGUGUGUUCAGGUGCAACACAGAAACUACUUUCAGUGACAAUAAUGAAGGAAAUUCCUCAUGCCAGGCUUUAAUAGAUUCCUCAGCUAAAAUACUACUUUUCUCUUUAUUCCUUGGCACUUGUAUACAAGUGGUGUUACUUCUUAGGACGGGCAUGAGCUAUUCUUGUCUGUAAAAUAUUCCAAAUCUAUAGGCUGUGGUUUUCAUUUUUGAAAAAGUAUUUUGUCUGGAUGUCUUUCAAAUUAGCUUCAAAUAUUAUUUAAUACUUUGUAACUGGGUCCCCUAUGGCUCAAUAUUGCUUCUUUUUCUUCUGUGGUGGAUGUGAAAUUUCCUUUAGUUGGAUAAGAUACACUGUACUAAUUUCAAUGCUAAUUAAUGGAUAUUUCAUACUGUGCAAUGAACAGAUCAUUUAAUAUUGUAUUUUGAAAUGUUUCUUCUUCCUGUCACUGCAGUGUGUAGUAUUGCAUAUGUGAAUACUUGUAAAAAUAUAAAUUACUUAAAAUAAAAAUAUGAUCAAUUGGUAUUAGAUCAUUUUAGAUAGCUAAAUAAUUUGCUGAGUAUGCUUGAUAGUAAAUAUCUUUCUAAGGAGAAGUAAUCUAUGCUUCUUUCUCACAAAUGGAAUUUGUGUUGUGAAUAAAAUCACAUUGAUCUGCCUUAUAAUUGCCUCUGCUCUAACCAUUUAAUGUUUUUAAGUAUAUCGACAAAUGAUGAUUCUGGUAUGUAGAAAUCCAUCAAGAAGCAUUUUGUGGCAUUUAAUAUUAAUGGAAUUUUCUUGGGUUGUUCUCCCUGUUUAAGUCAUAGUAAAAUUUUGCGAUCUGAAGAAUUUUAGUUUUUUCUGAUUAAGAAAUAUGAUGAUUACAUUAAUUUUCAAAUAUAAUCAUCCCUUAGGUUGAGCUUUAAACUGUCCCCAUUAUGAAUUCCUGCCUAAGAGCUAGGUACCUUGACUUCCAUGUCUAUUGGUUAAAUUGCUAAAUUCUGUGGGUAAAUCUAAACUUUGUCAUUUAUGUUUGUGUAUGAAGUGUAUGUGUCCUUCAAGGAACCUCCCCUUCUUUGAGUCAAUAAAACAAUGCUAAGGACA